CCCUCUACAUUCAUCCAUCGUAAAAUCCAGUUUGAAGGCCUUAAUCUUUCAUACAACCCUCUCAGUUUUCCACAAGAAACUAAAUGGAUCGGUCCAUGAAGGUCUUUGUGGUCGUCUUCCUGCUCCUUGUGGCUACAGGGUUCCAGGGAGCAGUGCAGGUAGUUUUGGCGAGGGAGUGUAGGUCAGAGAGCAAAAAAUUUGUGGGGCUGUGCGUGAGCGACACCAACUGUGCAAGCGUUUGCCUGACCGAGCGUUUCCCCGGAGGCAAGUGCGACGGCUAUCGGCGAUGUUUCUGCACCAAGGACUGCUAGAUGGCCCCGUUUUCUUCUUGCAUACAUGCUUCCGUGUAAUAAUAACUGAAUAAUACUAGAUCUGCAUCUAUAUCUAUGUAAUGUACGGUGCAUAUGUGAGUGCUACCUCUAGGAAGUACUCCCUCCGUUCCGAUUUACUCGUCGUGGUUUUAGUUCAAAUUUAAACGAAAAUCACGACGAGUAAAACGGAACGGAGGGAGUACAUGAACAUCAUACAAUCCGAACAAAGUUUCAGCGGGGAACCAGUUCAAGUUGAAUAAUCCAACACUCCGGAAUUCGAGCUC